CUCCCCGCACAUCGGCCAAGCCCCGCCGCCCGCAGGCCGCAGCCCAAAAUCGCACUCGGCGCUCCCAACAACCAGCCCCCAAAUCCCCCCACAUCCUAGGGCUCACGCUCCCCAAAGUCAAAACAGAAACCUCCAGUCCAGCUGCAACAGGCCAUUUCCUCGACCGCAUCGCCGCCCGUGCGCUCCGCCUCCAUGGCAACCUCCGCCCUCGUCGCUCUGUCCGCCACCACGGCCGCCGCCGCCGCCGGGAAGCGCAUCCUCCUCUCGCGCCCCACCGCCGCCGCCUCCUCCCUCUCCUUCGCCUCCCGCCGCCUGGCUGCCGCCGCGGGGCCCCUCCGGGGGCUCCUCGGCGCGCCAAUCCGGGCCGUGGCGUCGUCGGCGUCGGCGCCCCCCAAGACCAUCGCGGUUGGGGACCGGCUCCCUGACGCGACGCUGUCCUACUUCGACACCUCCUCCCCCGACGGCGAGCUGAAGACGGUGACGGUCCGCGACCUCACCGCGGGGAAGAAGGUGGUGCUCUUCGCGGUGCCCGGCGCGUUCACGCCCACCUGCACCCAGAAGCACCUCCCGGGCUUCGUGGCCAAGGCCGGGGAGCUCCGCGCCAAGGGCGUCGACGCCGUCGCCUGCGUCUCCGUCAACGACGCCUUCGUGAUGCGCGCGUGGAAGGAGAGCCUGGGAAUCGGCGACGAGGUGCUGCUGCUGUCCGACGGCAACGGGGAGCUGGCGCGCGCCAUGGGCGUCGAGCUCGACCUCUCCGACAAGCCCGUCGGGCUCGGCGUCCGCUCCCGCCGCUACGCGCUGCUCGCGGAGGACGGCGUCGUCAAGGUGCUCAACCUCGAGGAGGGCGGCGCGUUCACCAACAGCAGCGCCGAGGACAUGCUCAGCGCGCUCUGAGUUUGCCACGCGCCGACGCCACGGUUGGGUUCGUCGUCUCAAUCCCGGCAAAAAGUUAGUUUUUUUUUUCGUUUCUGAAUAAUCGUGACGGCAACGGUGGCUUGUUCCUGCCGCCACUGUGUUGUUGUGAUCGGCGCUGUUACUAGUGCACUGCACUGCAGAGAUGCAAGUUUGUUGCGAACAUGGCAGUAGUAUAGGUAUAGAUUCCUGCAAUUGUGGACGCCCUCUGUUUCAUUCAUGGCUUGUCAUGGUAUGCUACACUUGUCUGAGAAUUGCUCAUAGUACCACUACUAUCACAGGCGUUCAGUGUGUUCAGUGUUCUUAUCAAAGAGAAGGGGCGGCACAGCCGCAGUAUAAACGGCUCCAUUUUGAUUUGAA